GGCCGGUAGUACUAUGAUUUGGUAUGUGGCCGCUUUGGUAGCAAGUGUGCUCGGCGCCCGCGGGCUGCCCGUCCAAGGUGCCCUCGGCUCGAGGGAGGAGCCCGAGUUCGUGACCGUUCGCGCUGGCGAGAGCGUGAUCCUGGGAUGCGACGUGAUCCACCCGCUGACGGGACAGCCCCCUCCCUAUGUCGUGGAGUGGUUCAAGUUCGGCGUCCCCAUCCCCAUCUUCAUCAAGUUUGGGUUUUACCCUCCCCAUGUGGACCCAGAGUAUGCCGGCCGGGCCAGCCUGCACGACAAAGCCUCCCUGCGCAUUGAGCAGGUGCGCUCCGAGGACCAGGGCUGGUACGAGUGCAAAGUGCUCAUGCUGGACCAGCAGUACGACACCUUCCACAACGGCAGCUGGGUCCACCUCACGGUCAAUGCUCCCCCCACGUUCACGGAGACCCCGCCGCAGUACGUAGAGGCGAAGGAGGGCAGCAGCGUCACCCUGACCUGCAUGGCGUUCGGGAACCCCAAGCCCAUCGUCACCUGGCUCCGAGAGGGAGUCCUUCUGGGUGCCAAUGGCAAGUACCAGGUGAGCGACGGGAGCCUCACGGUGCUCUCGGUCAGCCGGGAGGACAGAGGUGCCUACACCUGCCGGGCCUACAGCAUCCAGGGCGAGGCUGUGCACACCACGCGCCUGCUCGUCCAAGGACCUCCCUUUAUCGUUUCCCCUCCGGAGAACAUCACAGUCAACAUCUCCCAGGAUGCUCUGUUCACCUGCCAGGCUGAGGCGUAUCCUGGGAACCUCACCUACCUGUGGUACUGGGAGGAGGAGAACGUCUACUUCAAGAAUGACUUGAAGCUGAGGGUGCGGAUCCUGAUCGACGGGACGCUGAUUAUUUUCCGUGUCAAACCAGAGGAUGCUGGAAAAUACACCUGUAUCCCCAGCAACAGCCUGGGCCGCUCGCCAUCAGCCUCUGCCUACCUGACAGUGCAGUAUCCUGCCCGUGUGGUGAACAUGCCCCCCAUCAUCUACGUUCCCAUCGGGAUCCACGGGUACAUCCGCUGCCCCGUGGAGGCGGAGCCGCCGGUCACGCUGGUCAAGUGGAACAAGGACGGGCGUCCCCUGCGAAUCGAGAAGUAUUCUGGCUGGAACCUGCUGGAAGACGGGUCGAUCCGGAUCGAGGAGGCCACUGAAGAUGCUCUCGGCACUUACACCUGUGUGCCUUAUAACGCCCUGGGUACGAUGGGCCAGUCUCCCCCUGCCCGACUGGUACUGAAGGACCCCCCCUAUUUCACGGUGCUACCAGGCUGGGAGUACAGACAGGAGGCAGGGAGGGAGCUGUUGAUUCCUUGCGCUGCUGCCGGAGACCCCUUUCCCAUCAUCGCCUGGAGAAAGGUCCUCUCGGAAACGGGGGAACCGUCUGCCUUGCCACGACCGGAGAGCCCGGAUCCCCUGCCGGUGGCCGGCGGUGUCCCCUGGGCCGCGCAGGUAGGGAAGCCCAGCAGGAGCAAGCACAACACGCUGCCCGGCGGGACCCUGCAGAUCCGCUCCCUCGGCAAGGACGACCACGGCGAGUGGGAGUGCGUCGCCACCAACAUCGUCGCGAGCAUUACUGCCAGCACCCACCUGACCGUCGUAGGGACAAGCCCUCACGCCCCAACCAGCGUGCACGUGGUGGCCGCCAUGACCUCAGCCAACGUGUCCUGGGAGCCCGGCUAUGACGGUGGAUACGAGCAGACUUUCUCAGUUUGGUACGGCCCUCUGAUGAAGAGAGCCCAGUUUGGACCCCAUGACUGGCUGUCUCUCCCUGUGCCAGCUGGUUCCAGCUGGCUGCUGGUGGACACCUUGGAACCAGAGACUGCCUACCAGUUCAGUGUCUUGGCUCAAAACAAGCUGGGCACCAGCUCCUUCAGUGAGGUGGUCACUGUGAACACUCUAGCAUUCCCUGUAACAACUCCAGAGCCUCUGGUGUUGGUUACCCCACCGAGGUGCCUAACAGCCAACCGGACACAGCAAGGCGUCCUCCUGUCGUGGCUCCCUCCCGCCAACCACAGCUUCCCCAUCGACCGCUACAUCAUGGAGUUCCGCGUGGCAGAGAAGUGGGAGAUCCUGGAUGAUGGCAUCCCGGGCUCCGAGAACGAGUUCUUUGCCAAGGACUUGUCCCAGGACACCUGGUACGAGUUCCGCGUGCUGGCGGUCAUGCAGGAUCUCAUCAGCGAACCCAGCAACGUCGCUGGCGUGUCCAGCACAGAUGUUUUUCCUCAACCCGACCUGACGGACGAGGGCCUAGCCCGCCCGGUGCUGGCUGGCAUCGUUGCCACCAUCUGCUUCCUGGCUGCUGCCAUCCUCUUCAGCACACUCGCCGCCUGCUUCGUCAACAAGCAACGCAAACGCAAGCUCAAGCGCAAGAAAGACCCUCCUCUCUCGAUAACCCACUGCAGGAAGAGUUUGGAGUCCCCGUUGUCUUCCGGCAAGGUGAGUCCCGAGAGCAUCCGCACACUCCGUCCCCCCUCGGAGUCCUCUGACGACCAGGGCCCUCAGGCCAAGCGGAUGCUGAGCCCCACCAAGGAAAAGGAGCUCUCCCUUUACAAGAAGACCAAACGAGCCAUCAGCAGCAAGAAGUACAGCGUCUCCAAGGCGGAGGCCGAAGCUGAGGCCACCACUCCGAUCGAGCUCAUCAGCCGUGGGCCGGACGGACGCUUCGUCAUGGACCCGGCCGAGAUGGAGCCCUCCCUGAAGACACGGCGGAUUGAGGGCUUCCCCUUCGUGGAGGAGACGGACAUGUACCCCGAGUUCAGGCAGUCGGACGAGGAGAACGACGACCCCGUCGUCCCCACCUCCGUGACCGCCCUGAAAGCCCAGCUCACCCCUCUCUCCUCCAGCCAGGAGUCCUACCUUCAGCCACCAGCAUACAGCCCCCGGUUCCACCGGGCGCUGGAGGGUCCCGGCACCCUGCAGGCCACCGGCCAGGCCCGCCCGCCAGCACCCCGGGCUUUCCACCACCAGUUUUACGGUUACCUCAGCAGCAGCAGCCCCGGGGAGGUGGACCCGCCGCCCUUCUACAUGCCAGAAGUCAGCCCGCUGAGCUCAGUCAUGUCCUCCCCACCGCUGCCCCCCGAGGGGCCCUUCGGACACCCCACCAUCCCCGAGGAGAACGGGGAGAAUGCCUCCAACAGCACGCUGCCCCUGGCCCAGACCCCCACGGGGGGCCGGUCCCCCGAGCCCUGGGGCAGGGCCGAGUUCCCCUUCGGCAGCCUGGAGCUGGCCCCCGCGCCGUUCCCCCACCAGCUCCAGCCCUGCGAGGCGGCUGAGGGCUCCCAACCCACGGGCUGCCUUCCUCGGGGGCCACCACCCUCCUCCCUCCAGGUGGUCCCUGCAUCCUACUCGGGCAUCCUGCCCCUGGAGGCACCAAAGAGCUGGACCGGCAAGUCACCGGGCAGGGGUCAAUCCUCCGUGCCCACUACCACCAAGUGGCAGGACAAACCUAUGCAACCCAUGGGAUGUCAAGGGCAGCUAAGACAUACCAGCCAAGGUAUGGGCAUACCCGUGUUGCCUUACCACGAACCGUCCGAGCCCGUCGGCCCCAGCGGCACAAGCACAUUCAGCCUGGACACCAGGUGGUACGAGCCCCAACCCCGACCUCGGCCCAGCCCUCGGCAGGUCAGGAGGGCUGAGCCCAGUUUACAUCAGGUGGUGCUACAACCUUCACGGCUUUCUCCUCUGACCCAAAGUCCCCUGAGCUCCCGCAACAGCUCCCCGGAGCUGACUGCCCGCGCCCGGCCCCGCCCGGGGCUCAUCCAGCAGGCGGAGGUGUCGGAGAUCACACUGCAGCCGCCCGCGGCCGUCAGCUUCUCCCGCAAAUCCACGCCGUCCUCCACGGGAUCUCCGGCACCGAGCAGCCGCGGGGACAGCCCCAGCUUCCGACCGACCACCGCCUUCACCCCCGUGGGCACCGGCUUCUCCAACUCCCAGGGCUCCUCCCUGCCCGUGGACACCAUGGAUGUUUUCGGAGACAUCCCUUCUCCAAGGAGGGCUGGCGAGGAGAUUCUCCAACCGGAGCCGACAUCCACCACCACGGUAGCUGCCACAGGAAAACGUCCAUCUCCGCCCGGGGACGCUGCUGCACCUGAGAGGCUCGAAGCUCUGAAAUACCAGCGGAUAAAGAAGCCCAAAAAGUCAUCCAAGGGCUCCUCGAAAUCCAGAAAACAACCCAAUGGCUCUGCCUCCCAGGUUCAGCACCCUCCCAGCUCUCAGGUACUGUCACCUGACGAAGCUGUCUGCCUCCGCAAGAAGAAGAGACACCCUCGUCAGGACCCCUUCGCCCGGCUCUCAGCGCUGAAGGACGACCUCUGCCACCGGCAGCUCCCUGAAGACCAGACAGCCAUUCUCAACAGCGUGGACCACGAUGACACCAGUGGACACGCCACCCUGCUCUAGCGUAGCGCCGGUGCCAGGAGGUUGAACAGGAGCGGUGGAGGGAGCUGGUGUCACACCACGGGGGGAUGGAGGUGAUGGGAAAGAGGGGGGGACACCCCU